AUACUUCUGGGCCUGGAGAUUACGUAAAUGCCUCAAAAAAAUCAGCGGAGAAUACAGAAAACGUUUGCAAUUCGAGAAUGAACGCGAAGAGCAGGAAAAACUAGAAGAUGAAGCCCGAAAAAGAAAAGACCUCGUCAGCAAAGUCUUUCCUAUGACUAUGGCCGAUUUCGCAAUGCUUUACACCAUGGUGGAACGUUGGAAGAAGAGCGAAAUCUCAAGAAUAUCUUCCAUGCACUGUGGCGCAUCCAAAAUAGCAGAAUUCUAUCUUCUACUCGACAAAGAAAUAGAAAUCUUACGCUCACUAGAAAAACUGAGGCAUAAAGUAACGAGCGAAAUGGAAGUUAAGAGGGUCCAAGAUUUUUUCAAGGCGAUAGGCAGCCCCAUCAAAUGGUACAGCGAGGGCAGUGGCUUGCACAUCGAGAUGGACACGCUGGAAACUCAGCGAGGAAGAGAAUAUUUUGCUCUAUACAGAACGCUGUGCGAAAAGAACUUGAAUACAGAACAACGGUUGGGUGUUUACGCGGAGGUCAAGUCUUACCUUAUGAACCACAACUGUCACGAGAGCGGCGAAAUUCUGAAGCUUAUAGAUCGCGUUUGCGAGCUUCUAGCAAGAGGAAUCCAAGAAAAAUUCUUGAAAACUUUAGAAAAAAGGAUCGAAGCGAUGGUUCUCCACCAUUUCAAACAGGUAGAAUGCAACGAGGGUGUCACUAGAUACAUGAAUAAGCUGAAAGAGAGAAAGAUGGAGAAGAGCUUGCUCUUCUGUCCCACCUGUCAGCAGCUGAAGACGAUAGACGCCUUCAAGUUGAACGCUAGGACAGAUAAGGUGAAAACCUGCACCAGUUGUAAAUGGUUGGACAAAGCGGAGGAACCGUGGGUCGACCUUUUACCCUUCCGCUUCAUUCUAAAGCAGAUUAGGAAUUAUGAACGAUUACAACAUGCUGCCUCUUCCUUAGCCUUCAUCUUGCAAGACAAAGACAUUCACCACAUCAUAACCAAUAUUUGGCACGGCCAUUCUGCCCUUUCCGAAUGCAACGACAUCUACCAGCUGAGGCUUUGUCGGUGGAGGAAAGAGGAAGAAUGGUCGCCUUGGAAUUGUAUUUUACUCACUGCUGAGGAGGCCAAAGUUCACCUGAAAGUCGAUAAGCUGGACACGGUAUACGAGGAAGAGUUCAUGAAUCAUGUGUUCAAUAAGCACGCGCUGGCUAAAAAGCAUUUCAAGCAACUGACGAGGUACGACAGGCAUUUCACAGAGGCGGCCAAGGGGGAUGCGAGGUUGGAUGAGGAUUCGGAAUAUUACAACAAACCAGUUCAUGACUGUUUAUUCGAUUCGUGAAAUAGUCAAUAAACAAUAUGUAACCAUCCA